AUGUUAAAUUCUAACAAGACCACUGUCGCAUUAGGGGGAAAAUCUGAAUGUGCCAAUAAGAACAACUCCCAGUGUUAUUUUCCUGAUGAUACAGAUAGCAUGAGAAAUAAGUGUAACGGACAGAAUGGCAGAAACUUCAUGCCACCUCGCUUUAUGAAUGCCCUUUUACUAGUUAUAUUAUGUGUUGUACUAAAGAAUGAGUAUACAUAUGAAAAUGAAGCUGAAUUAAGGACUAAUGCAUCAAGGCAGUUGUGUGAAAUGAAUGGUUAUUCAAAGGGACCUAGGAAUAAUAUAUGCACAAGAAAUGACGGAUAUGAUUUUCCAGGGGAACAUUUUAACAACAUGCAUGAGGUUGGAAUGGCACCUCAUGGCUGGGAUCCUAGAAUUCAAAUGUCACCUCAUGAGGAAUGGAAUGGAGAGAGAGGACCACAUGACCCAAGAAAUAGAGACAUGAAUAUGGGUAUGCGGAGAGAUAUGGAAAGAGGUAACAGAAGAAGAUAUAGAAACAGAGAUGAUUCAGAUGACGAAAUUGAAAGAGGUAACAGAAGAAGAUACAGAAACAGAGAUGAUUCAGAUGACGAAAUGGAAAGAGGUAAUAGAAGGAGAAGAGUUAGGGGUAGACACAUGGAUAGAGAAGACGGUGGUUACAUGUACGAAAAUGGAAGAGGAAUAGGCCGAGGGAGAGACAGAGAUGAAAUGAGUCGAGAAGGAGACAGAGACAGAAUGAGCCGAGAAGGAGACAGAGACAGAAUGAGCCGAGAAGGAGACAGAGACAGAAUGAGCCGAGAAGGAGACAGAGACAGAAUGAGCCGAGAAGGAGACAGAGACGAAAUGGAAAGAAGAAGAGAUAGAGACGAAAUGGGCAGAAGAAGAGAUAGAGACGAAAUGGGCAGAAGAAGGGAUAGAGACGAAAUGGGAAGAAGAAGAGAUAGAGACGAAAUGGGCAGAAGAAGAGAUAGAGACGAAAUGGGCAGAGGAAGAGGAAGAGAAAGGGGAAAAGAAAAAAUGGACGACGAAAAUGUGGAACAACAAGAAAUGCCUGUUAAACUGGGUUGGGAAGUAGGUAGAAUAUUGCCUAGAGGAGAUAUGAAUAUAGGAAUGGACAGAAAUAAAAGAAAAGGAAAAGGCAGGGAUACGGACGAAGAGGAAGACAAAAAUAAAAAAAGAGGAAAAGGAAGAGAUACGGACGAAGAGGAAGACAGAAAUAAAAGAAAAGGAAAAGGCAGGGAUACGGACGAAGAGGAAGACAGAAAUAAGAGAAAAGGAAAAGGCAAAGAUACGGACGAAGAGGAAGACAGAAAUAAGAGAAAAGGAAAAGGAAAAGAUACGGAUGAAGAGGAAGACAGAAAUAAAAGAAGAGGAAAAGGAAAAGAUAUGAACGAAGAGGAAGACAAAAAUAAAAGAAAAGAAAAAGGAAAAGAUAUGGAUAUGGAAAAUGGCAUGAAUAAAAAGCCAAAUGCAAACAAAAAUAUGCCACCUGUUUCUGAUAUAAAAGCUCUAGAAACAAGUAACACUGUAGAUGUUAAUUUCCAUGUUACCGAAUCCGACAUUGCUCAAAUGAUUGAUAAAUUAGAAGAUUACGUAAAGGUAGAUGACAUGUUUUUACUAUUUAACCUUGUGAACAAUAACGAAAAAAAUAAAUAUAUUAAAAUGCAACUAGGAGUUAUUAAACUAUGUGAAGUUUUAGCCCAAUAUUACAAAACCCCACAGCACUAUAAAACUAGACAGUGGGCCAAAUCUUACCAAGGAAUGACAGAACAAUUAUUGCAUAACGAAAGAAAGUCCUACAACAAGUUGUGCACAUUCCUUCAAAAUGGAAACAGUUCGCACGUAGCUUUUGUUGAAUUCUUAAAUGAAUUAGUCGGAAUAUGGACUAGUUUUACCAAAGAAAUGGAGAAAUAUUGGAAAAAUUAUUUAAGCAGCAAAUUAAAGUUGUACUGGGAAACUAAUAAUGCAGAUAUGUAA